AAUAUACCCAUUGUUAAACAAAACAAUGGCGGCCAUGUCGCCUGGAAACCCUGGUUGGAUGAUGGCACUACUUUUCGUCACGCCUCUUUGGAACUCAACGGCGAAGACGCCGCUUUCUUGUUUAGAUCAUUCCAUAACGACGUGUCUCCUAUAGCCACCAGAGACCAUACACCGACAAUUGUUCUUGGAGAAUCCGACGUUUCGCCCUGCCGUUUCCCGUUUGAGUGGGCGGGAAUGGAGGCGGCGCCACCGUAGAUGUUCUUGGUCUGAGGAUAUGCGGAGAGUGGUUGAUUGACAGGCUGCUUUAUGGUAAUUGUCCGUUAGGUUUCAAAUCCAAGCAUCCUUCCACCAGAAACGAAAAUUCGAAAAUUGAAGAUUGCACAUUGACACUCAAAAAGUUCUCCAGAUCUAUGCUGACGUGGCGCAUAGAAUAAACAGAUGAUAAGAAGUUCAAAUCUUCAGCAUGCCAACAGUAACACACUCGUGUACAUUGCCGUUCCGGUUGAUAAAAUUCUCCGUGAACAUCAACAAUCAUUUUCAAUAAUAACUCACAUGUUGAAGAUAGGGAUGACCCUUCAAAAUAUUGGUCACCGAUUACAUCUUCAUACACUAUCUCAUCACCAAUGUCCUGAUCUAUCUCGGUCAGCUCGGUCACAACAUUGUCAUGCUCCUCAAGGUCUGCUCGACAUAGAAUAGUUUGACCAUAUUGAAGAGGUAAUUAUGAGCAACUGGACUUUGUGAUUUUGAAAAGGGGUCCACCUUGACCGUUAUUCGACACCUCACAUGUAAAAAGUGAGCCGGUAAGCUUUUCAUGCCAACAAGACUUAUAUUUUUCCAUGCCAACAAGACUUAUAAUUGAUGGUAAACAAACAUCUUCCAAAAUGAACAUAAUUGACAAAAACCUAAUGUGACAGCAGAAAAAUGAACAUACCUCAAUCUUAUGUAUCAUCAAUCUGAUAUCUAAAUGAAUCUGGCCCUAAAACAAUUGUAACAAAACCAUUCAUUUGAAGUGCAAUCAAAAUUAUAAUUGGGGAAUUGAUUUAUUUCUUUAAAUAUGCAACUACUAAUUCAAAUUUUCAAUCUAACAAAAGAAGAUUAUUUGGGAUUUCACAUUACUAAUGAAGUGAUUUUGAAAUCAUAACAGUUAGAUGUUUUUGGUAAAUGGAUAUGCAUAGAAGGCACAAUCAUAUCAAAGAUUUGGCUACUUGCAAUGGCAAUUGAAGGUCUAUAAAAUGCAUCUAUUUAAUAGGAGGAUUUCAAGUCAAAGUGUGAAACCCUAAGAACCCUAAAAGCCCUAAAUCUGAGAGAUAGGCUGCAAAUCCUAAUAGAGGAGGUCGAAGGUUAGAAGGUUCCGCUUCAUUCGGAUAUCAGAUUGAUGGCACACGAGAUCAAUGUAAGUCAGGUUCAACUUCCGGUACAAUUUGGAGACUUUUAUAUACUCUCAUUUGGGAAAAUCAUUGCAAGCCCAUUAUACUACGGUGCCAAUUAUAUUUGGCCAAUUGGGUAUAAAUCCUGUUGGCAUGAAAAGCUUACCGGCUCACUUUUUACAUGUGAGGUGUCGAAUAACGGUCAUGGUGGACCCCUUUUCAAAAUCACAAGGUUGAGUUGUUCAGAAUUACCUCUUCAAUAUGGUCAAACUAUCCUAUGUCGAGCAGACCUUGAGGAGCAUGACAAUGUUGUGACUGAGCUGACCGAGAUAGAUCAGGACAUUGGUGAUGAGAAAGUGUAUGAAGAUAUAAUCGGUGACCAAUAUUUUGAAGGGUCAUCACUAUCUUCAACAUGGGAGUUAUUACUGAAAAUGAUUGUUGAUGGUCACGAAGAAAUUAUCAACUGGAACGGUGGCCUACAGUGUUACUGUAGGCAUGCGGAAGAUUUAAGCUUCUUGUCAUCUGUUCAUUUUGCGCAGAAGGUUAGCAUAGAUCUGGAGAACUUUUUACAUUCGCAACAAUGUGUCAGUGUGCCGACUGUCGUUCAUGGUGACAAGGAGACUCGUGAGUUUUCAAAAUUAUUGAUAAAUUGGUUGAGAGGGUAUCGAUUCGGAUUAGACAUUGAGUUUGUUCAAGAAUUUAUAGAACAACUCCCAGGAGUAGAAGCCUGUUCAGGAUAUAUAUUAUGCAAAGAUCGUUUACGUGAUUCAUCUUCAACAAUUUCAAAUAAAAAAAUUAAAAUAAAGGACGUGGAGCCUUUUCCUGUUGGGAGUCUCAUUUCCUCAAGGCUGUCUUCUAAUGCAACAGGCGACCUUCUUCAGGUAUAUGAGUUCUUAUGCCGUUUUAAAGAAGUUCUCGAAGUGGAAGAAGAUUUUUUAUCGUAUAAAGAUCUUGAAAAUGAGCUUCAUCUUACCUCAUGGCCUGUUACAUAUGGAUAUGGGGCAGGGGCAUUUCUGGAAACAGUGGAAAUGAAUUGUGUUAAACAUAAGGUUGACAAGUUGACUACUGUCCACAUGGCACUGCUACCUUGGCUAGUGAGCAAGCUCCUGCGAAAAAUAACUAAGGCCUUUAAAGUAACCGGUGAUGCUAAAGAUACAGAGAAGGACAAGGAUAAAAAAGUAAAUUUAGAAAUGUUUCCGAUUAAUCCGCUGACGUGGCCAGAAGUGGCUAGAAGAUAUAUCUUGGCUUGCUUGUUAACGGGAUCUAAGAAAACUGCUGUUGGUAGUAAGACGAAGCUCAUUCGCUGUCUGCAAGGUGAUGAUGCUAUUUUCUCUGGAUCGCCAGCUGGCGUUGCUGGCUCUGAUGUGGACGCACAGUUGCUUGGAAGAGCUGUAGAGAAAGUGUUUGGCAAACGGAAAAGAGAAAGGAGUAUUUUUCCUUCAGGGACUAAAGUCGACAAUUUGGAAAACUACAGGUUGGAAACAGAUUUUAGUAUUCCAGAGUGGGCGAAAGUGCUUGAUCCGGUAAGAAAGCUGCCUACAAAUGUGGGGUCCCGAAUUCGGAAUUGUGUGCAUGAGUCUUUAAAGAAAAACCCACCUGAAUGGGCAAAGAAGCUUCUAGAAGCUUCCAUUUCAAAAGACGUGUACAAGGGCAAUGCAUCUGGGCCCACUAAGAGAGCCGUAAUCGAUGUUUUACAAAGAGUAUCAGAUGGCCCGCAAACAGCAUCGCCACCUGGCAUGGGAAUUGAAGACAUCAAAACCUCCAAGAUGUUGUCAAAUACAGUGAUGAAAAAGUGUCGUGUGGUAUUACGCCAGGUGGCAGAAGCUUAUGAUAAGAAGGAAAAGGUUCUUGUUGAUAAAAAGAAAAAGGUUCUUUUUGAUCUUGUUGGAAGGGACUUAAAUUGUAAUGAUAAUUAUUUAAAAAUUGUUUUUGGAUCUGUGUCGAUGCGUCCUAUUGAUUUAAGAACCAUUGAUUUGAGAUUGUUUCAUGGGGCAUAUGGUGCUUCACAUGAAGCAUUUCUUGAGGAUGUUAAGGAGGUGUGGAUUAACUUACGCCGGAAAUUUAAAUUGGUGGAUAAAAUGUCAUGUGAUUUUAAAUUGCGAUAUGAAAAGGAGGUAGGGACUCUGUUUAGGAGAUUUUAUGAAGAUAACAUGAACAGAAAACCUAUUGAGGAAAUAGAGAAGGAGCUUGAAGAGAUUCUAACUUCAACUGAAAUACCCAAAGCACCCUGGGAAACAGGAAUCUGCAAUGUAUGUGGGAUUAAUAAAGAUGAUGGAAAAGUACUUAUUUGUGAUAGGUGUGAAGCAUACUAUCACACAUACUGUUUGACUCCCCCUCUUUCUCAAAUCCCAAAAGGCAACUGGUUUUGUCCCAUUUGUGUGCCACCUCAGCAGGACAACGAAGCAGGUCUUGAAAAUAUUUUACAAUUUGUUGAUAAAAAUUGUGAAGAAAAUAUUAAGCUUUUGGAUAUAGCCACUGCCUUGAAGGAAAAAGAGUAUUGGGAAUUAGAUGCAGAUAAGAAAACCUUCUUGCUCAAGUUUCUAUGCGAUGAGUUAUUGAAAACCAGUCUUAUCCGUACGAAUGUGAAAGAGCCAGUUGUGAAUGUGAUGCAACAAAAACAUUCCCUAAACGAAACGUCAACGAAUUUGAAAGAGCCAGAUGUUAAUCAUGAAGAGCUCUCUUUACGCAAUGAAUUUUUAGGCAUCGACUCCGAUAACAGAUUCUAUUGGGUAUUCCAAAACACAAACACAAGCACACAUCACGGAAUUGUCGUCAACGAUACCGGAAUGUGUGAUUCCGAUUCCCGUGCAUGGUGUUUAUUCCAAUCCGACGAACAAAUCAAGAGUCUCAUCAACUACCUUAAACGAAACGAUCCGAGUAGAAGAGAAUUGAGAAAUUCGAUCUCAAAGUGGCAAAAGUCAAUCACAAAACAUGGUCAACAAACGGGAGCAAAUUUCGUCAAGGGCGAAACGGUCUUUUCGCAUAACAACGGACUUGCUACAAAGGCAAGUGAGUUGCUGGAGGCGAAAUACAAUACAGAUCCGGAUUCAGUGAAGAAACCAAGAAGAAAGAACAUGGCAAAAUGGCAUAGGUGUGAAUGUUUGGAACCCGUUUUGCCAUGUAGAUACCACUGUGUUAAAUGCCAUGAAACCUUUUUCACAAAUGUUGAAUUUGAACAACAUAAGAAGAACAAGUGUGAUUGUGGUGUGGAUUUGGGUUUGUUGAAUCGACCGGGACCCGGUCGACUCAGCCUUGGUUGUGAUCCAUUAAGAUGGUUGAAGAUGAAUCUGUUGGACAUGGAAGCUGCACUUCCCGAUGAAGCAAAAAGAGGGUCUAGGGCAAGUUCUGAAUUGAGGUCUGAAUGGUGUGCAUUUGUUAAAUCAGCUAAUACCGUAUAUGAGAUGGUUGAAGCAACUAUGGUAUUGGAAACCAUGAUCAAGACAGAUUAUAUCAACAACACAUGGUGGUGGUACUGGUCAUCAAUGGCGGCUGCUGCCAAGACAUCUACCAUCUCCGCCCUUGCUCUUCGUAUCUACACACUCGAUGCUGCCAUUGACUACCAGAAAACCAACACCACCACCGCCGCCACCUCUUCCAGCCAAAAACUAUCAAAGAAACGGAAACACCCCGAUGACAAACCCAAUGAAUAAAGAAAGAAACCAAAAAAACCACUAGAUAAACAAGAAAUCAAGGAGCAAAUCCAAAAUAUCAUUCCAUAAUCCGAAUGUUUAUCCCGUGUUUUAGUUUUUGUUUGGAGUUUAUAUGUGUGUUUUAUGAAAGAUUGUGUUUGCAAGAGUUUUAGCUUAUUGGAUUUACAAGUUUUCGAGGCUAUUUUGAGGACAGUAUUAAGAGGGUA